AAACAUUGUUAAGAAAAACCCCCUUUUGAUUAAAUAUUCUCUCUCCUUUUCUUUUGAAGAUUCAUCAUAUCAUUUCAAGGGACAUAAUUUACUGCCUUUUGCCCUGCUCUGAAUUUGAUGGAGUGUGUAAUGCAUUUGAGUAAAUAUAGUGCAUAUACACAACUUUUUUUUGUUUGUUGAUGCAUAUACUACUCAGUACUCACCUGUCAAUUUUUUUUUUUAAUUUAAUGUAUUUAGAAUCAAUGCAUUGGAUCUUAAAUUGAAAAGAAAAUACUGGGCUCACAAAGUUGUGCUGCCAAUUUGGAUGGUUAUGUUGAAAAUGACUGGUAGCUGUGCAUUCAUGAAUGCGUUUGUCCUUACUAUGAACUCACAGGCGUCACAGUGCCUUUUUUAGUUCUACUUCUCAUUAUGCUGUCUUUCAUGUUAGGCUGAGAUAGCUGGAGACAAAAUUGGUUGAGAUUUUCAUUCUUUAAAGCCAAAAGAGCGAGAGUUUCUAUUUCGCUUCAAGUUCAGGAUUUAUGAUACUUGUUUGUACAUGGGCAUCUUCUAGUACCAGAAGCCAAGGUUUAGGGGGGAAUUACAUUUACAGGCUGUGCUUUAUGUGACAAAAGGUCAACUCCCGUUACAAAGGAUGUGCGACUCUCUGAUUCUGCAAACUGCCUUGACCCAAAGUGAUGCCCUCUGUAAAUGCCCUCAUUCUGGUGUGAUUUGUAACUCACAUCUUCAGUAUGCUACCGGUGAAAACACAUCUUUAGAGUUAGAGGUGAGAAAUCGUGGAAAAGGUGCUGCAAGACUUGGAACAUACAUUAAAAGAAACAAUUUCCCAUACAGAUUCCAACUUGAACAGGAUAUACGGAAAUUAGAACAGCAGCUGCAAGAAGAAAAGGAACUGCAUAUUAUUUUGGAAAAUGCUAUUGAAAAAAAUGCACUUGAAAUCUCUACUCCAGGCCUCCCGCACUGUGCUCAAGAACUUUUAACCACCAUUGCAGCAUUAGAGGUGACAGUUUCAGAACUUGAACAAGACAUGGUGUCUUUGCAUUAUCAACUUAGUCAAGAAAGAAAUGAACGAAGGCUAGCAGAAUAUCGUCUAAAGCAUCCAUCUCCUCAGUUGACAUCUCCUCGCUGCACUGAUAUUUUACCUUCUUUGAGGUGCUCAAAGCAUUUGACUCCAGAACGGAGUCUUGAAGAUAACUCAUUCCAAGAGUUGGGAGAUCAAGAAUCAGAACAUAGUGGUGAAUCAACUUCCAUGCAGUCAGGAAUGGAGAAUGCAGAGGACUCAGUUGAAACUUGCAAUGACACGGAAACAUCCAUUAAGAUGGACCCAGAAUCUUGUAGAUCUACUGAAUUCAUUAAGCUUCCCAAGGGGAUACCGCCUAAGGGCCUCUGGGACAAUCCUAAUCAACUUUCAGAAGAGAUGGUUAAAUGUAUGAAGAAUAUAUUCAUGUCUUUGGCAGAUUCUGCUAUAACACCACCAUCAGAUGCACUAGAGAACAAUUCAUCAUCUUUAUCUCCACGUGGGCAUCUUUCUAAUUCUUCAUGGUGGUCGUCUGAACGGUCAGUGAUUUCAUCAUGGGUGCACAGCCCACAGGUUGACAUACAGAGUAACUCUGAAGUGUUGGCCUUUGAGAAUGUGUGCGAUCCCUAUAGAGUUCGUGGAAAACUAAGUUGGGCCGACAUUGGAAACUAUGGGUUGGCCACCGAAGUUUCUUGGAUGUCAGUUGGGAAAAAGCAAUUAGAAUAUGCUGCAGGGGCACUGAGGAAAUUCAGAAUACUUGUUGAGCAACUUGCAAAAGUAAACCCUAUACAUCUGAACUGCAAUCAGAGGCUGGCUUUCUGGAUCAACUUAUAUAAUGCACUCAUAAUGCAUGCAUAUUUGGCCUAUGGAGUCCCUAGAAGUGACUUGAAACUUUUCUCUUUGAUGCAAAAGGCCGCGUAUACUGUUGGAGGGCAUUCUUUCAGUGCAGCUGCUAUUGAGUACGUAAUAUUGAAGAUGAAACCGCCUCUUCAUCGGCCACAAAUUGCAUUACUUCUUGCACUUCACAAGGUGAAGGUGUCUGAAGAGCAAAAAAAGUCUGCGAUGAGUAUGCAUGAGCCGCUCGUAUCUUUUGCUUUGAGCUGUGGAAUGUACUCUUCACCGGCGGUAAGAAUCUACACAGAGAGAAGCGUAAGGGAAGAGCUCGAAGAAGCACAACGCGAUUACAUUCGAUCUUCAGUUGGCAUCAGUAGCAAAGGGAGAUUGUUAGUCCCGAAAAUGCUGCAUUGCUUUGCCAAAGGAUUUGUUGAUGAUUCCAAUUUGGCUGUAUGGAUAUCUCAUUACCUCCCACCCCAUCAGGCUGCAUUUGUUGAGCAAUGCAUAUCACAGAGGCGCCAAAGUCUUCUCGGUUCUCGCAACUGUGGCAUUCUUCCCUUUGAUUCACGCUUUCGAUAUCUAUUCCUACCUGACAAAGUUCCUCUAUAAUGAUGAUCCUGACUUAAUCUGCAACACCACAUACCAACUUUUAUGCUGUUGUUCCAACAAGUUGGGACAAUCGAAAUCGGGCUUCAACGAUGCUAGAAUGUGUACCAAUUUUGGUCUUUUGCAUUGUAGACCAGAUGUAUAAAUCCCUAAAAGAAAGGGUCUUGUACAUUUUUGUUGAUGCAUAACUGGGUUUGUAACUAUUGAUGUAUACUGACUGGUUUCCAUUCAUGCUAUGUGAAAUAAGAGUUAAAAA